UUGGACAAGAACCAAGAGAGAACUAUACCAAGUGGCAGGGUAGUUAAAGUUCACAAUCAAGCCUUACUGUCUGUUGCAUAUUGCUUAUCCUCGUGCAGCAUGAUAUUGAUUAACAAGUUUGUGCUUUCUAGUUAUGAUUUCAGUGCUGGGAUAUCGUUGAUGUUUUACCAGAAUUUCAUUUCAGUGAUUAUUGUUUCUGUGUUGAGCCUUCUGGGCCUAAUAUCAACAGAGCCCCUAACAUGGAGAUUGGUGAAGGUCUGGUUGCCAGUUAAUGUAAUAUUUGUUGGAAUGCUCAUUACAAGCAUGUAUAGUUUGAAAUUUAUUAACGUAGCUAUGGUGACUGUUCUGAAGAAUGUUACAAAUGUCAUAACUGCCCUUGGUGAAAUGUAUUUGUUCAAGAAGCAUCAUGACAACAGAGUUUGGGCUGCUCUAUUUUUAAUGAUCAUUUCAGCAGUAACCGGAGGGAUAACUGAUCUCACUUUUCAUGCAAUUGGCUACGCAUGGCAGAUAGUUAAUUGUUUCUUGACUGCAUCAUAUUCUUUGACUCUGCGCAAGGUCAUGGAUACUGCAAAGCAAGUUACAAAAUCUGGAAAUUUGAAUGAGUUUUCAAUGGUCUUGUUGAACAACACUCUUUCUUUGCCUCUGGGAUUGCUUCUGAUUUUUGUUUUCAAUGAGGUGGAUUAUCUCAUGAGAACACCACUUCUGAGAUUGCCUAGCUUUUGGUUAGUGAUGACCUUAAGUGGAUUUUUGGGGCUUGCGAUCAGCUUCACAUCCAUGUGGUUUCUUCAUCAGACAGGAGCUACGACUUACAGCCUGGUUGGUUCGCUAAAUAAGAUCCCUCUGUCAAUUGUUGGCAUCCUUCUCUUCAAAGUUCCCACUAGCUUGGAGAACUCUGCUAGCAUCUUCUUCGGUCUUCUGGCAGGAGUUAUUUUUGCAAGAGCCAAAAUGAGGGAGAAAUCUCAACCAUGAAAAACCCUAAAUUGCAUAAUGAUAACGUUUGCACCAGAGAGAACCCUUGUUCAUUUAUGGGAAAUUAUAUUUCUGAAUGAAGUGGAGGUUGAAAUCAUGCCUCUGAGAUACCAUCAAGAUAUACUAUCAGCUAAAUUGAUGGCCCUCUCUGUACAUGCAAUCACUUAAAUGGGGUUGAUUAAUGUACCCUUGUGCAUACAGGUACGGGACUGUGGUUUAACUUUUCUUUUUCACUGUGUGAAAAAAAUGGAGUGUGCAAGUUUCUGGUCCACGUUUUUGUGGAUCUUCUGGGGGGAUUGCAAUGAAUGACUCGCGUUGGGAGGAAAAAAAAUUGCCACAGCUUUUUCUCGGUCUGUUUCUGUAUAAUGUACCUACUUGUAUCCAUGUAUCAUCAAGAUUGGUUUAAUA